AUGGAUAACAGUCAGCAAGAGCCCAUCGCCAUCAUCGGCGCUGCAUGCCGUCUCGCUGGAGAGGUCUCGUCCUUGGGGACCCUGUGGGACAUGAUCAGCAACCGCAAGACUGGUCAUGGCAAGAUACCUGCUGAGAGGUGGAAUGCUGAUGUCUGGCACCAUCCUGACCCAGACAGGAAAGGAGGUAUUGCCGUCAAACAUGGGUACUUUCUCAAGCAAGACGUAGCCCACUUUGAUGCGCCCUUCUUUUCUACCACUGCCAAAGAAGCGGCAGCAAUGGACCCCAUGAAGAGACUGCUUCUUGAAGUCAGCUAUGAGAGCAUCGAGAAUGCUGGAAUACCAGUGGAGAACCUCAUGAACUCACGGACAGGCUGUUAUGUGGGUUGCAUGACAAACGACUACGAGAUGCUCUCACUCCACGACAUACAUGACAUUGGUCACAAUGCUGCGUCAGCAACGAGCGAGGCUAUGACAGCCAAUCGUGUAUCGUGGUUUUUUGGGCUCAAAGGGCCUAGCCUUACCCUGGACACCGCUUGCUCGUCCAGUCUGUACGCGCUGCACCUCGCAUGCCAGUCGCUGAGGACGAAGGAGACAGAUUCGGCACUUGUUGCUGGGGUAAACCUUCUCCUUGUCCCCAACACCAUGCAUCAGCUCUCAGCGAUGCACAUGCUCAGCCCUGAAGGGAUCUCACACACUUUCGAUGACCGAGCGAACGGUUAUGGUCGUGGCGAGGGUAUUGGCUCCCUCAUCGUCAAGCGCCUCUCUGACGCUAUUCGAGACGGUGACACCAUCCGGGCUGUCAUCCGCGGUACUGGUGCGAACGCCGACGGCAAGACACCAAGUAUCACACAACCGAGCUCUGUCGCUCAAGCUGACUUGAUCAGAGACACUUACGCUGCGGCCGGUCUCCCUCUCACAGACACCCAGUACUUUGAGUGCCACGGCACAGGCACACCAGUUGGCGACCCGAUAGAGCUUGAAGCCUUAGCCACAACAUUCGGCGUGGCUCGGAAGGAGGCUGGCCUUGGCCCUCUCUACAUUGGUAGCAUCAAGCCCAGCGUGGGCCACACCGAAGGCUGCUCUGGUCUGGCAGGCGUCUUCAAGGCUAUUGCUUGCCUGGAAAAUGGCAUGCUCGUUCCGACAUAUGGCGUUGAGACCAUCAACCCCAAGUUGAAACUCAAAGAGUGGAAUUUGGCGUUGCCACAGGAGACAGCACAGUGGCCUACCCCUGGGCAACGCCGGAUCAGCGUGAAUUCGUUCGGAUUUGGCGGCGCCAAUGCCCACGCCAUUCUUGAUGACGCUCACCACUAUCUUGCCGAGCGUGGGUUGGCAGGAAACCACAACACCAUCGUCUGGGAACGUGAUGGUGCUUAUGCUAAUGGACAUCACCCAGUAGCCGACACGCCGCGGCUGUUCCUGCUUAGCUCCAAGGACCAGGCUGGCAUCCCUCGCCUGGCUGAUGUUUACGCAAAGGCACUUGACGCCGCUCAUUCUGCCAAAGAGGAUUCCCACUAUCUCAGCAACCUGUCGUACACUUUGGCUUCCCGAAGAUCUCACCUCGACUUCAGGAGCUUUGCCGUUGCUUCAACUUUAUCGGAGCUGACAGAGAAGCUUUCUAAAGGGCUUCCAAAGAUUAAGCGCUCAGCCCGACAGGACAACAACCUGGUCUGGGUGUUCACAGGACAAGGAGCCCAAUGGUCAGCCAUGGGACGGGAACUCCUCGGCAACCCAGUCUUUGACAAGAGUGUCCAAGCCUCACAAGUCUAUCUGGCCAAUCUCGGCUGCGCCUGGGAUGCGGUCGAGGAGCUCACCAAGACAGCUGGUUCCAAGAUGCAGUUAUCUGAGUACAGCCAGACGCUCUGUACUGUCCUCCAGGUCGCCCUCGUCGAUUUGCUUCGGUCUUGGGGGAUCAAGCCUCGGGCCACAGUCGGACAUUCGAGUGGUGAAAUCGGUGCUGCCUACGCCGCGGGUUACAUCAACCGCGCUGAUGCCGUCAAAAUUGCCUACAUCAGGGGUCUCAGCUCUGCAACGGUUACCAGACAAGGAGCAAUGUUAGCCGCUGGCCUUUCCCGUGAAGAAGCUAACGAAUAUUUGACAAAGGUCCCAGCACAGUCUGCGGUCAUUGCUUGCAUCAACAGCCCGUCCAGUGUUACUCUGUCGGGUGAUCUUAAUGCCAUCCAUACCCUUGAGAAGCUGAUUUCGGCUGAUGGCAAAUUUGCGCGGACACUGAAAGUGAAGACGGCAUACCAUUCGCCUCACAUGCGCGCCGUUGCUCAAGGCUAUCUCGAGCGUAUUGGCCACAUUGAUACCACUGCCGAAGGGGCUAACGCCAACAAGACAGUCAUGUACUCCUCGCUGACUGGAAAGAUCGUUUCACCAAAAGAGCUCAGUGCUCAAUACUGGGUUGCCAACUUGACCUCCCCUGUCGAGUUCUCGGCAGCGUUAUCAGCCCUUCUCGCCCACACUGUGGCAUCCACCACUGGCCGUGGAAGACCAGUCCCCGUUCGCUGGGGCGGCAUCCUCGAGAUCGGCCCUCACUCCGCACUGCAGGGGCCUAUCGGUCAGAUCAUGGCAGCGAGCAACUCGGAAGCCAUCAAAGAGACACCCUACAUGUCACUGCUCCUCCGUGGCAAAGACGCAAGAGAAACAUCACUCUCUGCUGCUGCUCAGCUCUGGGCUCUCGGCCACACGGUUGAGCUCUCUGCAAUGGUCGACUCCUUCGACCUUCCCGACACAAAACUCCAGCACAAAGCCUUGACUGACCUGCCCGCCUACCCUUGGAACCACUCCCGCCGCUUCUGGCACGAGGCCUACAUCACGAAGUCCAACCGCUCCCCCAAAUUCCCCAGAACUGACUUUCUGGGCGUCCCGGUUGACAUGCAAAACAGCAUGGAGCCCAAAUGGCGCAAUCACCUCCGUAUCACGGAGAACCCCUGGAUAGAAGACCACAAGAUCACCGGAACAGUCCUCUACCCCGGCGCAGGGAUGCUUGUCAUGGCGUUGGAAGGUGCCCUCCAAGUCUCCGACCCAACAAAAAAUGUCCACGGCUUCCGCUACAGCAACAUCCGCUUUGAGCGGGGCCUCGUCGUCACAGCAGCAGAUGAACCCGCAGUCGAAACAUCUCUCAGCCUUCAUCCUGACGCUAACAUCCCCGGCAAGUUCGGCUUCACAAUCUACUCCACCACCGGGGACUCUUGGACUUGUCACUGCCAUGGUACAAUCUCCCUCGAGUACGACGCCAACGGCUCAAGCGAGGUAGAAGACGCAGGUACGGCUGUUGACCCCUGGACCCUGUACACGGCCAGAUACAAGCAGCUCUUCUCCGACUCUGGCGCCGAAGAAAUCGACGUUGACGAGUUCUACGACCAGCUCGAGACAAUCGGCAUGGAAUACGGGCCCCUAUUCCGCAACGUCACUUCGCUGUUUGCAGUCCCAGCCCAACACGCCGCCCACGGCGAGGUCAUCAUCCCAGACACUGCCUCCGUCAUGCCCAUGAGCUUUGAGUACCCCCACGUCAUGCACCCCGCGACAAUGGACGCAAUCUUCCAUUUGUUGCUGGCAGGCUUCAACGACGGCCGUCCCAUUGACGAGGCUGCAGUGCCGUACAGCAUAGACGACAUGUUCGUUGCCAGCGAGCAACCCCACGGCGCCGGGUCAAAGUUCCUAGGGUACGGCCAGCUGACAAGAAAGAGCGGAGGUGGCCGCGAACUGGUGGGGGAUCUGGUGAUUUCGGACGAGAGGUGGUCUGGGCCAAAGAUGGUCAUCAACGGAUUUGCUCUUCGCCAGGUCACAUCUGCUGAUGAUGCUGGAAUUUCCGGCUCCCAGGAGGACACUUUGAAGAAAAAGUGCGCUCGUGUCACUUGGAGUCAGGAUACCGACUUCAUCAAGACAAGCGAACAGCUUGUGGGUGUGUCGACUGAUGCGUCGUUACUAGCUCAGCUGUCUGCUUGGUUUGAUCUCUUGCAGCGCAAGAAGGCUAUUGGGGAGGUCUUGGUUGUUGCGAGGGGACAAUGUCCCGGCACCUCGGAGAUUGUGGGCGAUGUGUGGCGUCGUGUCCGCAGCCGUGAGGGCUUCCAGAGUGUCAAAGCUGUGUCAACCUCUGCCUUUGGUGUGGAACAACUCCGUGCAUUAGUUCCGAAUGCUGAGCCUGUCGAUCUGUGGGACAUCUCUGGCGACGCCGAACCGCCCGCGUCAAGCAAAGGUUACGACUUGGUCUUGGUGAUUGGAACCGACAGCUACCCCGACUUCUCCACCGAGCUGCAGAAGCUGGCUCUCCUUCCGCAAUCUCAUAUCGUUCUCAUUGGCGAGAAAAAUGUUGAGGCCUUUAGCUUAGAGGGGCACCAGUCGUCUCUCCACCUCCAAGGGAAUGGCGAUGCAGCGGUGGUGUUUGCAUUUGCUGCUGAAGAAGCCACAGUUCCGCUGGAAGUCUGUCUUCUUCUUCCAUCUCCCACUUCCAAGCAAACUUCAGCGUUGGCCUCCAAUCUCACAACAGUGCUCUCUGCUAGUGGCAUCAACGACAUCAACACCAUCACCUUGUCUGACCUCAGCACCCUCGACCUCACCAGCAAACACGUUAUCUCCCUACUCGAGUCCGAUAAACCCUUCAUCUACUCAUGGAACGAAAACGAGUUCACAAGCUUCAAGUCACUCAUCUCCUCCGUGGACCAUCUGUUCUGGCUGACCCAUGGCGGUGUCCUACAAUCAUGGGCAGGAGGCGUAGAGUUCGCCGCAGCUCAAGGCUUGCUUCGUGUCUUGCGCAAUGAGUAUACCCUCGCAUCCUUGCCCCAUCUCGAUCUCUCCAUUGGCUUUGACAGCACGACGCUCUCGAGUGCCGAGCUUAUCGCCUUCGUGUGGCGGGCUUCACUUUUGGAGGGGGCCGAGAUGGAAUAUGCCGAGUUCGAAGGCAAAGUUCACAUCCCUCGUGCUGUGGCCGAUGUCGGAUUUGACGGGGAUUUGCAGCUUGCUGAUGGGACAAAGCAGCCUAUCCUUGGACCUCUCAAGGGCGGUAAGCCGCUGAAGCCGAUUGUCGUAGGGGCUGAGAAGAAGAUUGUCUGGGUUGAGGACGAGGAGGCAUCACUACCGCUUGGUAUGACUGAGGUGGAGGUACAAGUCGAGUUCGUUGGGCUGAGCAGUGGCAACACCUUCUCGCUGACUGGCACUGUUGACGAUGACUCCAUUACUGUACUCGAUAGGUGCGUGGAUGCAGUUGGUGUGGUAUCUCGUCUCGGAGGCGGAGUAAACUCGCUCGUUGUUGGCCAGCGUGUUGCUGUCUUGAAGGGACAUGGGUGCAAAACUCACGUUCGUCAGGAUGUCAGUUUGGUGGCCCCCGUUCCGGAUAGCAUUCCUUCAGAGAAGACCGCGGCAUUGCCAAGCGCAUUCAUUACUGCUUUGUAUGCCUUGUCUCAUGUCGCAAGAUUGGACAAAGGUCAGACGGUGCUCAUCCACUCUGCUGCCAGCGCUCCAGGACAAGCAGCCAUUCAGAUUGCUCAAUACCUUGGAGCUGUCGUCUUUGCUUUGGUCAGCUCCAAAGGGGAGAAAGCCAUCCUUGUGGAACAGCACGGCUUACCUGUGACGCGCAUAUUUGAUGCUGGGUUGCUAAACUUUAUUCCCGCUAUUGGCAACGAGACAGGGGGUCGUGGUGUCGAUGUUGUGCUCGCGAACGAGGCAGAUGCUGCUGUUUCGGCAUCCCUGGCCACGCUUGGUGAUUUUGGGGUCUUCAUCGAUCUCAGAAGCAGCGAGUCUACCGGCAGCAUCAGCCCUCCAUCCGGCAAGAAGAAUGUAUCCAUCGUUCGUGUCAUCAUGGACAGCGUGGCUCAGGCAAAGCCUCACAUCAUCAAGAGCCUGUUCCAACAAACCUUUGACAUCCUCUCAACCAACACCAUCAGGCCCAUCACACCUACCACCGUCUUCUCCGCCAGCGAUGCUUCUCAAGCACUGCAAACCGCCACAACACAAGCUCACGGGAAAGUUGUACUAUCCCUCCAAGGGAGCCCCUCAGUCCUCAUCCCUCCCGCCCCAGCCCCUGAACUCCAAUUCGACCCCUCCGCAACCUACAUCAUCGCCGGCGGUCUCGGAGCUUUAGGUCUCAACAUCGCCGACAUGAUGAUUGCGCAAGGAGCCAAGCACCUCAUCUUCCUCUCCCGCUCGGGCGGUACGAAGAACCAAUCCGACCUUGCCCGCCUCCGUUCCCACGGCAUCACAGCCGAGGCCUUCCCUUGCGACGUCACCAACUCCACCUCUGUCUCCAAGGUCUUCUCCCACCUCCGAAGCGCCAAGCACAAAAUCGCUGGUGUGAUCCAAUGCGCCAUGGUUCUGGAAGAUGGCAUCUUCGAUAACAUGACCCAUACCAAGUGGUCCCGCGCAUUUGCUCCCAAGUCGGCCGGCUCCCGGAACCUCCUUGCUCAACUCUGGCCAGAUGAGCAGCCCUUCUUUAUCUUGCUGUCGUCAAUUACUGGUGUGAUAGGCAACACCGCCCAAGCAAACUACGCCUCAGGCAACACGUUCGAGGAUGCCCUAGCCCUCUGGGCUCGAACCCACCUUCGGAUUGCCGCGACAAGUAUUGACGUCGGGUUGGUAGCUGACUCCUCUCACUUCACCGAGGCAGGUGAAUUCGGUGAUUUGGAAGGCUACCUUCACCGCUACCAACACGGCUGGAACGGACUCCAGACCACACUCGACGAACUCCGCGUCGUGCUCAAGUCCAUCAUGAGAGGGAGCACCGCCGACGGUGGCAACAUCCCCGCACAGCUCGUCCUCGGACUAGGUGACUCCCUCAUCCGGGAUGAGAACGGUACUGGCUUCGCAAAAGACAAGAAGUUUGAGCUGCGGGUUGUGAAGUUGGACAAGAGCGGGGGUCAAGCAGGGGGGAAGACGGAGAAGAUCGGGGAGGUGUUGAGUCGAGCGUCUAGUGUCAGUGAGGCGGCUGCUGCGGUGGAGGAGUACAUCAAGUUGCAGAUUGCUGUUGCGAUUGGGGUUGAGGUGGGCGAGGUUGAUGCGCAGAAGCCCUUGCCGGAAUUUGGAGGUACGUGCCCCACGUCGACGUGUGAAAUGUUUAAUCGGGAUACUGACAUGGGCACAGUGGACUCGCUCAAAGCGGUUGAGAUCAGGAACUUGUGUUUGAGGGAGAUGCAGAGUGAUAUUUCUGUGUUUGAGUUGUUGAGUUCGACGCCCGUGGCCGAGCUUGCAGUCAAGAUUGUGACGAAGAGUGGGCUGGUCAAGUUGGAUGCUGAGGCUGUCUGA